GGCGGUCCUCACCCGUUGUUCCCACUCUCCCUCAUGCAUGAUGCAGAGUCAUGUUUUCAGAGAACAUUCAAACGCUAGAAGGCAACGAGGUGGAUGAGCAACACUUACGGGAGAUCCUUUUGCCGGAAAUCCAGCUAGAAAUUGACCUCAGGAAUCGACUUACGCAAACGGUGGAGUCAAGAAUUACAUGGGCAACAUUACUGCAAGGAUCUCUUUCCAAAGGAGGAAGCCUUGGAAAUGAUUCUGCAACGUUUAAGAUGGCGGCUUUAGAUGCCCUUUCUGCGAUUGAAGAACCUUCGAAAUUGUUUUUGGACCAUGAAACGAUUCACAAAGCAUCAUUUGCCUCCCUUAUUCCAACGGCUGUACCUCCUGGUCGCAAGAAUCGUCCGCUCCCACGAGAAAGCAGAGCAACGCGUUCUCGACAAAAUUCCAGAUUUCUUUACAUUCGCACCGACAAUCAAACCAACAUCUUGACGUGUCCGGAGUGCCAGCGGACGCAGUUCUCGUCAAUCCAAGGCCUGUAUAAUCACGCUCGAAUCGCUCACCGGCUGGAAUGGGGCAACCAUGAUGACUGCGUUCGCGCUUGCUCCGUUCCGCGGAAUGAUCUUGAUCUGAGUGACGGAGUGGAAGUGACCCUCACUCUUCUUGGCGUACGAGGGUUAUUCGAGAGAGCGGUGGAAGAGCCUUCGCCCUUGCUACUGCUAGAUACCAUGGAUGUUGACGAGCCCGUUCCAGACCCGGAGGUCACUAACCAUAUUCGCCAGACAUUGGGUGUUCACGCUGAGACCUUCGCACUGGCAUCUGUUCUAGGAAAAGAGGUCAAGAGAAGGGAAAUACGUGCUAGGAAUGAAGAUGAAGACGUUGAUAUCGAUGGUCUUGCCAACAAGCGUCUCAGGUGGCACAUGCCCAGGAUACAUACAAGUUCGGCGAAACUAGAACCUCCCAGGGAGGAAACUGUUCACGCUCCCACAACUGUCCACGAAGCAAAGGUCUUUGUGCCUGAAUCCGUUGGUCGAUUGUCAAUUCUCGGUGUGCAACCAAGCUCUAGUAGGUUCCAUAUUACCGCUCGCGUCAUCGUUAUGGACCGUAGUUUACAUCUUCCCGCUGGGAUGCGACCAGAGGAAGCCACAUAUACACAUAAAUGGAUGCUAUCUGUCCAAGCGCCCUCAUACAGUAUUGAUAUCACGACUAUAUUGAGCCGCAUCACUGUGACCUCCCUAUCCGACUGUCAUACUUUCUCUCCUUUAAUUGUUGCUCAACCGCCCUUCGUCGUCAUGGGUGUAGCUGCCAGACCUUUCUUGGCGAGAGUUGAACUGCUCUUUAGUCAUGCUCGAGGACAGGAUCCAGAAGGCCAGAAGUUCAUCCUGGAACACUGGGUCGAUGUCAGUCUCUUUUUCGGCCCCUCCGGCUCUCUUUCAUGUACUGAUCACAUCUAUCAGCUCGCAUCUGCGCGAUCUUCCAAACUACCGGUAGAGGGAGAACAACAAGUCGUUGAUAUCGAGCUUGACAAGGAAACUGUAUUUUUGCCUGCGAAGACCAACUACGUCGCAGUUGAUGACAAGGAACAUUGGCAGCAAGAAAUUAGUGUCGAUCCAACAGAUUUCUCCAUCCCGGGCAAUCUGAUCAGUAUGGCUAUCGUGGAUCAUCCCUCGACUUCCUCCAAGAACAUCAGCGAGACAGCAAAGCUGCCAAAAACAGCGCCUUCUGCUGAACUUGGUUAUCCGAUGGUUCUCCGAGAACUACUGCCUAAUUUUCCUGUGACAUUGGAAGGCGUGAUACCAAAGCGAGGAGUAGCACCGCCUACGGUUCCUUACACCCUCGUCGCUUCUUCUGACGAAUUCCACGAAUUGGUUCUGGGUCGACGCAAGGCGAUUGAGUGGGGUCGUGCCUCUGCCAUCCGAGAGGCCUACACUGAGGUAGUGAAAGAGACUCAUAGGGAACUCGAACUCGAUAGAUUAUCGACAGCGGAUGUCUUCUGUUGGCUGGAGGCAGAGGGCCUCUUCCUAAGGACUAAAUCACCUUUAGCAGCCAAACAACAGCCACAGGCCACUGAGAGGCUCCACGCAGAACGAUGGUGCACCUGCUGUGGACUGGUUUCUCGCGUUCAUAGCAAUAACAAAAGUGGUGGCGACUCUUUUGCCUGCAAUAUAAUCCCGAGUGAAUGGCAAAUAUCCAGAAUGCCCCUUAUCAACCUGCACAAAAUCCUGGCUACUCCCCAGACGCUUUCUCUCAGCUGUCCCACUGGCACACAUGAUGAGCGAAAUUGGAGCAAUGCUCAGAUCGUCCAAGCGUCUAACCCAAAUUUGCUUCUCUCCAUCAAGGAGGUCAUACGCGUUUUGAACCUGCCAGCUUUUCUAUCUAACGAAGGCAGUUCAUCGAUCUUUCCUAUCGACACCGUCGGUCGCGAUGCGUCCGAGGUAACACAGGCGUUCGCUCCUUAUGGCGUUCUUGCCUUGGUUGCUGAAUGCUUCAUCACGAAGUUAGUGUUAGGAGGUCUGGAUAUUUCAUCUCGUUUUCAGCACCGAAGCCCAAGCAGACGAAGGUUGCUGACACCAAUGCAUGUAGCACAAGGAUUAGUGGUUGGGAAGAAUCGCGAUCAGACUGGGUUGGCUAUGUUUUAUGCCUUGGCGAGAAUUGGAAGACAGAUGGAAUCGGAAGGUGCUGAUGUUAAAACUUCAAAUACAUUUACAACCAGGGGAGAAAGUCUUGUGUAGUGACAGGAACAUGAAUUGUAUAUGAUACACAACCGUGGUAUCGA